UCUUCCCCCUUCUUCCUUCCUCUCUUCCUCCCUCCCUCCCUUCCUUGCUUCCUUCCUUCUCUCCUUCCGUUCAUGCGAGAGCCAUGAGUUCCUACUUUGUCAACCCGCUUUUCUCCAAGUACAAAGGCGGCGAGUCCCUGGAACCAACUUACUACGACUGCCGGUUUCCACAAAGUGUAAGCAGGAGCCACGCUCUGGUGUACGGUCCGGGCACCACGGCUCCGGGCUUCCAGCACCCUUCCCACCACGUCCAGGAGUUCUUCCACCACGGAACCUCCAGCAUCUCGAACUCGGGAUACCAGCAGAACCCCUGCGCCUUGGCGUGCCACGGAGACGCUUCCAAAUUCUAUGGAUACGAAGCCCUACCAAGGCAGUCGCUUUAUGGUGCCCAGCAAGAGGCAACCGUGGUACAAUAUCCUGACUGUAAAUCCUCCUCCAACAGUAACUCUAGCGAGGGACAAGGGCAUUUAAAUCAAAAUUCUUCUCCCAGCCUUAUGUUCCCAUGGAUGAGACCUCACGCCCCCGGAAGGCGCAGCGGCAGGCAGACUUACAGCCGGUAUCAGACCUUGGAGCUAGAGAAGGAGUUCCUCUUCAACCCCUAUCUGACUCGGAAGCGGCGCAUUGAGGUCUCUCACGCCCUGGGACUGACAGAGAGGCAGGUCAAGAUAUGGUUCCAGAACAGGAGGAUGAAAUGGAAGAAAGAAAACAACAAGGAUAAGCUCCCGGGAGCCAGGGACGAGGAGAAAACGGAGGAGGAAACCAACGAGGAAGAGGAAAAAGAAGAGGAGGAAAAAGAAGAAAGCAAGGACUGAGCCUCUCCCUCAGCUCCUUGAAGUCCUCGUUUUAUGGCAGAUGAUAAAUCGAGAUGUUUACGACGGUCAUUCGCUUUUAUAGAGUAUAGAAUGGAGAGACUCUCACACAACAGUAACUACCUGUCAAACAGUUGUAUUCCCCCCCCCGUUUUUUUUUUUUACAAUCAUAGAGCUUCCCUUGCUUUCCCCCCAACCCCUUAUACAGUGUAUUUCCCUCCCCUGAAAAAUGUGUUUAAUUUUUCUUCCCAAUGAAUAAAGGUAGAACUGGAUUGACUGCAACACAGCCUAAAUCCAGCAGAAUCCAUCCCCAUAGCAAUGGAUCUCAGCAGCAGCAGCAGCAGCAGCAAGAAUGAAACCCCUCCCCAACCCCUGCUUUUUGGCUAUAUUGUAGUUAGAAAUAAAUACAUGCCAUCUUAGAUAUUUAUUUAGAGGGCAGGACCUUGUUUUCCCAAAGUCUGAUAGUGGAAAAGGGAUUGGUGGAUGGAUUGGGAAUAUAUGACAACGCUUUCUGCUUAGAUUCCACUUAAAGCAAACCUUAACACUACCCAUCAACAGCAAAGCUAUCUACCUACCUACAUGUCCUGCCAUGCUAAGAUCCCAGUUUGGAUUUUCAAUUUGUAGCUGUACCUAUCCAAGGACAAUAUUUCGGUGUGUAUGUCUGUGUAUUUAUGGAGGGGGGAGAUGGAGGCUGGAGAGAUGCCUUGAGGACAGAGCCACAUACUUCCUACUUAUAUAUAUAUAUAUAUAUGAACAUAUCUGUAUGCAAAACCUACCUAUCUCUGCGCCCUGCGAUUUGGCAGGCAAAGGUGAUCGCCCUGGGCACCUCCACUUGGGGAAAGGCCCCAUGCAGAUCAAUGGGGGUUUACGCUUGAGUCAAUAUGCCUAGGGGGGCUGUGAAGGACCUGAGACUAUCUAACGAUUAUUUCUAUGGGCGUUGUUUACUAGAUUACUUGUGUGAGCACUCGAAAUUCUUAACAUACUACCUAGUGGGAAACCUGCAAUAAUCAUCUUAGCAACAAGGUGGGGGCUUACACGUACUAAAAGCAAAAAGGAAAUGAAAGGGGAGGGGAGGGGGAAAAGAAAAGGAACUUCGUGGAAAUCAUUUCAAAAUUAAGAGUUGUGUAUUGCCCUAAUGCAAGCUACUAAGUAGCAUAAUAAUAAUGAAUAAUAAUAAUAAUGAAAAAAAGUUGAAAAAAUAGAAAAAAUACCAUUGUAAUGUAUCUUAUCACUACCUAUAGAAGGAGUCAUGCUUUGAAAGUAUUUGUAACGCGGUUUUGUUGUCGUAUGUUGCUGCUUAUUUUUUUCUUGGAAAAUAAAUAAUUAAAGUAAUAAUAAUAAUAAUUCCCAACAACUGAAACUGCCUAGAUAAGAACGCACAGUAUUGUAUGAUUUUAUUGUGCUUAUAAUGUAGUUUAGGACUUAAAUUGCACUGAAUGUAUAGUUAUCUAUUUGUCUUGACUUAUCUGUUAAUGCAACAUGCUCGAAUUACACCGACACACACACACACACACACACAUACUCACACACACACGAAAAAGUUAUCAUUUGUUUUAUGUAAAACCAUAGUCCUCUGCGUGUUCAAAACUCUGAAUGUAGCAAUUUCUGCCAGAAGUCCAAUUCUGGUCACCGUGGAUUUGUAUUGUAUACGUGAGACAUUACGUAAAUAAACAAUAAAA